GCCCCACGCGACAGUGCCUCUGAUGGAUACCACUCAUUCCCUUGUCCUACCUAACUGCCUUUUUGUCUGCUGAGAAUACACUGCUUUCCCGUACCUUCGCCAACCCUUCCAGGCUGGCGCGAAUCAUCCAUUAUCCAUGGCUGCGUUGAUGCAAUCGAACAACGAACCUGUUACCAUCUCUAAGCCAUUGUCUGGGCCGUCGACCUCGAUAAUAUCAGCCCCGUCGGAACCUCUCGUUUUCUUGAAGCAGUCGAAGCCUGAUUCAAGCCUGACUUCUAUUGCCAGUGCCGGACUGAACGUGUCGCGCUCCGGAGAUUCGCUGCCACCAAUGACGACGACUGCACCGCCGGCCACAGCUGGUCAAACAGAUCGGCCCCUCGAACAUGAGAAGGAAUCGGAACAACACAGCUCGCAAGUUGCGAGAGAGGCCCUUGGCGCUAGCGAGAAGCAGGCUAAUCCCGUGGAUGAGAGUCUGCAAACCUCAUCCGACCAAAUGCAGGUCGAUUCUCAUUCAGGGCCCGGGAAUUCGGCUGAUGCGUUUGGGGCGGCCGACAACAACGCCACGCUUAUAGACGCCUCGACCGUGGCUAGUCCCGGCCCCAUCGAGGACACUGGUUCUCCGGAUGGCGGUUCUCGCCACCAUGAUGAAGGAGACAUGCCGCAAGAAACGGGCAACAAAGCCUUCUCGUAUCCGAUGCCCACGGCCGGUUUUAAUGAUCCCCGGCGGGGUCUAAGUCUGCCCGGUUCUGGAUUCCACAGAGGCCCACGGUCACCGACGGCGAAAAAGCACCGUUGCCCUUACUGUGCCACUGAAUUCACACGGCACCACAAUCUAAAGAGCCAUCUGCUUACCCACAGUCAGGAGAAGCCAUAUGUUUGCUCAACAUGCCAAUCACGCUUCCGUCGGUUGCAUGAUUUGAAAAGACACACGAAGCUGCACACCGGUGAACGGCCGCAUAUUUGCCCCAAAUGUGGACGCAGGUUCGCCCGCGGCGACGCUUUAGCUCGCCAUAAUAAAGGUCAAGGCGGAUGCGCAGGGCGCAGAGCGAGCAUGGGGAGCUACGUUCCCGAGGAUGAAUACGGCGACGCUCCUGCUCCCGGGGGCGCCGAUGAUACUAUGGAUGGACUCGUCUACACCGCUGAGCCGGAGCGCAUGGAUGAGGAGGAGGAACGACGAUUGAUGCCUAGUAUCAAGAAGCACGACGUGUCGACGGACUCCAUUUCACGGUCGAACACUGCGCCGAGCUAUCAAACGCGCCAGCCCAGCACCUAUCCCCCAAUCGCCUCAAGCAGGCCGUCCCCCGGGGGCCUUUUCCCUCCACCAAGUCAUGCUGGCUCUAGCGCGUCGACGUCGCCCAUUUCACAGUCCGGAAACAUGACAUUCCCACCGCCUGGCCAAACUUCAGGGUCAUCCGUUUUUUCCACGAAUAUCACAGGGAGCCCAAAACCGUUGUCGCCAAAUGCUCUGUCAUCACAUCAACUCGGCCAUGGACCGGAGAAUAAUGCCCACCACCGUGCUCAUUCACCCGGUUUGGCGCAGUCGUUUCAACAGCAGCCAUUCAGCAGGGCAGGGCCCUCUUCAGCCUCCGUUGGAAAUCAUGCUGCUUCGGGUUUGGGCCUGCCCCCACCGCAACCGGGCGCUCCUCAGCUCCCUCCACCGCCUGGGAUGAGCUCUGCCGACUCUCGGUUUGCGCUUCAUUCGCAGGGAUCUGUGCCACCAGCAUCUUCGACUGCUACGAAACACACGCCGUCUCACAGCCACUCAAACAAUCACGGUGGCUCAUUAUCGUCCAAACAAGGCCCGGAAGGGGUUUCGAACAAUGGGAACCAACUUUCCGGUCCUCAUGAGUCCAACCUUGUUGACCAGUUUCGUGAUCGGGAAGAUAAGCUAUGGACGUACAUUCGCUCGGUGCAUGAGGAAUUAAAUGGACUGAGGACGGAGGUUGCCGCUCUGAGAGCUCAAAUUGCGUCCGCGAAUGUCAAUGCGCUAGCAAUGUCGAAUUCUAGUGCACCACAUGCGCAGACAGAGACAAGCACUAUCGGUACUUCCCAGCGGUGAGCAGAUGUUCCCUUUCUGGGGCGACUGCUGUCAACCAUCUUAACCCACUCAUUUUUCAUUUUGUUAAGACAUUAGAUAUUUGUACUUCCCCAUCCCUUCUGCGAUGGAUUGCAAACGCGCUGAUGCGACUCUAUAAUACCCUUUCUAUUGCCAAGUGAAUAACUUACC